UGUCAAUCAUAAUAAAUUGACAGGCACCUGCAGCCGGAUGAUAACAGUGAGAUGCUGAAUGAUGAUGCUGAAAGUAACUACGUGAUUUUAAACACUUCUUGAAUUUUCUAUUGGACAGUUUGUGUUAGGAAAGUGUAAUUCAAAAUGCUUGACCCAUCAUCCAGUGAAGAAGAAUCUGAAAAUGAAACUGUGGAGGAUGAAAAUUCGGAUGUUCUCAGCAUCCCAAGUGUUGAGCAGAGAAGUUUGUCAACCAGUGGGGACAAUUUGAGUGUUGUGACAGGGGCACAGGUGCAUUCGCGAUCAAAUAGUAUACGGCCCGGGAGCCCUAGCAUACAACCUGUUGAGCGUGAAAAGGUUGAACAUGAAGCUGAUAAACUGGAAAAAGAGGAAGAAGAGAGGAAAAAAAGAUUGCAGUUGUAUGUUUUUGUAAUGAGAUGCAUAGCAUACCCAUUCAAUGCAAAACAACCAACAGACAUGGCUAGGCGGCAAACUAAAAUAACCAAACAGCAACUUCAAACUAUAAAAGAGAGAUUCCAUGCCUUCUUAAAUGGGGAGACAAGUAUUGUUGCUGAUGAAGCAUUUACAAAUGCUGUUCAAAGUUACUAUGAAGUUUUUCUGAAAAGUGAUAGAGUUAUGAAUAUGGUGAAAAGUGGGGGAUCAUCUGCAAAUGAUUUUCGGGAAGUUUUCAAAAAUAACAUAGAAAAACGUGUCAGGAGUCUUCCUGAGAUUGAUGGUUUAAGCAAAGAAACUGUUUUAAGUUCAUGGAUGACAAAGUUUGAUGCAAUAUUCCGCGGAGAAGAAGAUCCACGUAAACAAGCCCAGCGUACUCUUACUGCUGCAUCAGAGUUAAUUCUUAGUAAAGAACAGUUAUAUGAAAUGUUUCAAAAUAUCCUAGGUGUGAAGAAAUACGAACAUCAGAUUCUCUACAAUGCAUGUCAGUUGGAUAACGCUGAUGAGCAAGCAGCUCAGGUUCGCAGGGAGCUUGAUAGUCGACUUCAGUUGGUAGAAACCAUGUGCAAGAAAAUGCGACUAGAGCAGCUUAUGAACGUCCCAGAUCAUUUGCGGAAGCAUCCGAAGUUUGUAGUAAAGGAGAUGGAGUCAAUGUAUACAGAUGAACUAAAAGCUCAGAUCAACCUGUUGAUGGCUAACCUAGAGAGCCUGCCAGUCUCCAAAUCUGGAGGCUCAGACUCGAGACUUCAGAUGCUCAAACGUUAUCCCAGGACCCAGCAUACCUCUUUAUCCAAGAUGGACAUUUCAGAAGACAAUGAACCAGGACUGUCCAAGUUCGAUGUUGUUCUUUCAUUUACUUUAGAGGUCCAUGUUGUUGAGGUGAAGGGUCUGAAGUCUUUGGCACCCAACAAAAUAGUUUACUGUACAAUGGAGGUUGAGGGUGGGGAGAAGUUGCAGACGGACCAGGCAGAGGCCUCCAAGCCAAGCUGGGACACACAGGGAGACUUCACAACCACCCAUCCUCUACCAGUUGUCAAGGUUAAACUGUACACAGAAAGCUCAGGAAUGUUAAGUCUUGAAGACAAGGAGCUGGGAAAGGUUGUUUUACGCCCCACUGGUAACAGUAGCAGGUUAGCAGAGUGGCAUAAGAUGAAGACAACCAAAAACUGUCCUGAUGACCUCUCUAUAAAAAUAGCUGUCAGAAUGGACAAACCACAGAACAUGAAACACUGUGGGUAUCUCUAUGCAAUUGGAAAGAAUGUUUGGAAAAAAUGGAAGAAACGUUAUUUUGUCCUAGUCCAGGUUUCUCAGUAUACUUUUGCUAUGUGUAGUUACCGAGAGAGAAAGCCAGAUCCAACAGAAAUGAUGCAGCUAGAUGGUUUUACUGUUGACUAUUGUGAACCAGUGCCAGAAUUGGAAGGAGGUAAACAUUUCUUCAACACAGUAAAGGAAGGUGAUAAUGUCACAUUUGCCUCAGACGAUGAAAACGAGAGAGCUCUGUGGGUACAAGCAGUAUACCGAGCCACUGGACAGACACACAAACCAGUACCCCCUGUCGUACAGACCAACAAAAUUAGCAACACCCAAAUUUCACGCAUGCAAGGAGAUGCUGAUCGUGCCAGGAAGCAUGGCCUGGACGAGUUUGUUCAAGCAUAUCCCUGUGACUUUGACCACCAUGACUUCUUUAAAAUGUUACAAACUCUAACCCUAGACUACAGAUUGAAUGAUGCAUAUACUUGCUUGGGUUGGUUCAGUCCAGGUCAGGUGUUUGUGCUGGAUGAGUACUGUGCCAGAUAUGGUGUUCGCGGCUGUCACCGUCACUUGUGUUACCUCAAUGAUUUGUUGGAGCGGGCAGAAAAUGGCAUCAUGAUAGAUCCUACACUUAUACAUUAUAGUUUUGCCUUUUGUGCUUCUCAUGUACAUGGAAACAGACCUGAUUGUAUAGGGACAGUAUUAUGGGCAGAGAGGGAUAAAUUUGAUGAAAUCAAAGAAAGACUUAGAAUUCUGCUGGAAAAUCAAAUUACACAUUUCAGGUACUGUUUCCCAUUUGGACGACCGGAAGGAGCUUUAAAAGCAACUCUGUCACUCCUUGAAAGGGUAUUGAUGAAGGAUAUAGUAACCCCUGUGCCCCCAGAGGAAGUGCGGACUGUGAUAAAGAAAUGUCUUGAGAACGCUGCCCUUGUUAACUAUACCAGAAUCUCAGAAUAUGCCAAAAUAGAAGAUCAUGACUUGAGUUCUGAUGAAUCGUACCAAGAAGACGCGGGUCAGAAGAAGCGUCUAGAGGAUGUCAUGCAUCUAGCUGAGCUGUGUAUAGAAGUUUUACAGCAGAAUGAGGAACACCAUGCUGAGCAGAAAAAUGACAAGUAUCAUACAGAAGAACAGGGAUGUGUGAUAGAAGAUGCAUUUGCAUGGUUCAGUGAUUUGCUGGUUGAACAUGCCGAGAUAUUCUGGUCAUUGUUUGCUGUGGACAUGGAUGCAACAUUAGAAGCUCAGCCACCAGAUACAUGGGACAGUUUUCCAUUGUUUCAGUUGUUGAACGAUUACUUGAGAACUGAUGAGAACUUAUGCAAUGGAAAGUUUCACCUUCACCUGCGAGACAUGUUCGCACCACAGGUGGUUAGAUAUGUUGACCUUAUGGAGUCCUCUAUAGCACAAUCAAUACACAGGGGCUUUGAGAAGGAAAGAUGGGAAACACAGGGUAAUGGAUGUUCAACAUCUGAAGACAUGCUGUGGAAGCUUGAUGCAUUGCAGUCAUUUAUCCGAGACCUUCACUGGCCGGAGGAAGUGUUUGCAGAACAUUUAGACCACAGGCUCAAACUCAUGGCUGCUGAUAUGAUAGAAGCAGCUGCCAAAAGAACAUUGAAAUCUUUUGAGACGUAUCUAAGAAAGGGUGGCAGAAGUACAGACUAUUUUAUUCCAUCUGAGGUCUGCGUCAUGAUGAACACAAUUAUUGACUGUAAAAACAAGGCAUUACAUCUGUGUGCACUGGAUAGUGGUGAUAUGAAACGUUUAGUGCAGAAUGGCCUCAGACGAAUGCCAGGAACCACGCAUCAGUACCACACCCAGAUAGACGAGUUUCUGGAGAGGGUUCAAGUCCAGAUGGUCAAAUGUAUCAUAGAAAAGUUACUGUCAGUGCUUGAGUCAGUUCUCAGUAAGCUGUCAAGAUAUGAUGAAGGAACCUUCUUUUCUUCCAUUCUGUCAUUAACAAAACCAGUAAAUGAACUAGGCAAAUCCUACGUAGAUUUUAUGCGAGGAAAUCUCGAUAUUCUACGACAGAAAAUUAUUGAUGAGUUGUUUGUUCUGUCCAUAUUUGAGCAAUGGUACCAUGAUGAGAUGAAGAUGAUCUGUGAUUGGUUGACAGAUAGACUGGACCUGUCACUGCAUCCAUACCAGCUCACCUGUAUCAUGGCCAUUACCAGGAAGUGUUAUUCUGAUUUUGAACUGCAAGGUGUCUUAGAAAACACAUUGAACAGCAAAACCUACCAGACGAUCUGUAGUAGAUUACAGGUCGAGGUGACAAAACAUUCGUUAAAGCAUCCAGAGAGCAAUAUCUCGGAUUUUCUCCCGGGAAUGGAGGAGCAUGCAAACGAGAGUGGUAACGGGUCACCUAGCACGUAAUAUCUGUUUGCUUCACUGCUAUUUCUCUUUUCCUCUAUAAUCUUAUCUCAUUAGGUUGAAGAAGCUACACAGUCAGUGACACAGUCUGAGAACAGUAGCAGAACGCGCUUCCUUCCAGGUGUCGGCAGUAACGCAAGUGCAAGUGGCGAUGAGUCUGACUGAAGACUAAUUCUUUUGCAUGAACAAAUUCUGUCAUGGAUGAGAGCUUUUAUACUUGCAUAAUUGUCAAAACUGUAUAAGAUAAAAGAAAAUUUGAAUGAUUGAAAAAACUGGACCAUACCAAUAAUUAUAUUGGAGUUAUGCUGAGCCAAUGGUUGUGUUUAGAGACAAGUUUGUUAGGUGUCAGUAACAAAACCAAACUUUCAUCUUUUCAUUUGUGUUUGAGAUUAUAUUAAUGAACUAAAAGUUGAAUAAAAAAGAUUGUUAAGGUUGACGUGAAAUAUUCUUUUGUUGUAGUUUGCAAAUAUAAAAACAUUCAUUGAAAUUGUGAAAAAUCAGAAGAGAAAUUGUUAAACUAAUUUUGAUGAUGAAAACAAUGUGAAUGUGUAGGUCAUCACAUUUGUAAAUACUCAUGGAAUAAUAUUUUUAAAAGUUGCUGCAUGUUGUUACUAUAUGCUUGAUCACCGUGUGCAGUAUAUUUGACAUGUAUUCACCAUCUUGUAUAUUCUUACAUUAUCACCUUAUAUGUAUAAUAAUCAUUUCUUGACAUAUAAAUGUUCACACAAUAUUUUAUCCAUUAUGCUAUAAUUAUGUCCUCAGUCAACACAGUAUAAGACUUUUGGUUUUACUUUUUUUGCUUUCUAUACUUAUUUUGCUAUAUAUUUCCUGUUAAGCAAGCUGGCUCAGUUUGUUGUUUUUUAUUUAAAGUUGAUAUAACGAAUAUUAUUUUAUAAAAAAAUGAAGCAAAACUGUUGUGAAAUGGCUUCUUGAACAGAGCACGUUGUACAAAUAUGUCCACAAAAAUCUGUUUAAAGUUCUAACUUUUAAUUUUCUGAUUGAGUUAAUGAUACAGAAGUGUUUGUCUAGUUAUCAACCAGAAUAUUUCAGACACUUACUAAAAUAUUUUCAAAAUUUUAGAUUUUGUUGUAACAAGUCUCUUGUCAAGCAGUCAAACACUGUUCACUGUAUAAAUAUAGUCAUGGUACUUUGUAGUAAAUUAAGAACUGUAGAUGCACCGGAUUCUUUCAGAAGUAGAAUACACAAAUUGAAAUCUGUGUGAAGAUUAAAGUUUAGUUUGUAUAUACUUCUGUAGAAACUGACAUUCUCAUGUGUGGGCAUUAUUAAAUUUUUAUUUGUAGAGUUUAAUUUUAAAGUAAUGUCUUAAAUUCUAUAUUUUGCAGAAAUUGUAAUUUUAAUGUGUCCGAAAUUCAUCUUAUCCGAAAUUAGAAAACAGACACAUUGCAAAAAUGUUUACAAAUAUAAUAUACCUUCCAUUUACUAACAGCUUGGUUAGAAAUGUCAUCGACAGUAGAUAUUUAUUGUGAAAUCCACACAUCUUCAGGUGAAAUAUUUAUAGUGAAAUCCACACAGGUAUUGGCCUCAAAGAAAAUAUUUGCUGUUAAAUCCAUACAAGUCUUGAAGCUAAAUAUUCAUAGUGAAAUCCACAAAGAUAUCUUCUUUGAAUGAAAUAUUUCGUAUGAAAUCCGCAUAGAUAUCUGUUUCAAGUGAAAUAUUUAUUGUAAAAUCCUCACAGAUACUGUCAAGCAAAAUAUUUAUUUUGAAGUUGACACGGAUAUCUUUUUCAGUUUAUCCACAUGGAUAUCUGCCUCAAGGGAAAUAUUUAUUGAAAAUUUGCAGUUUUAAUUUCUUCAAGCAAAAGCCCAACCUCUUAGCUCAAUAGGGAGAAUGCAGAUCUACGGAUCGCAGGGUGGUGAGUUCGAUUCCAGGGCGGGGCAUAUGUUCUACAUGACAAUUUGAUAGAAGAUAUCAUUCAUCCUUCACCUCUGUUUCAUGUGGUGAAGUAGGCAGUUAUUUGCGGAGAACAGGUUUGUACUGGUUCAGAAUCAAGGAACACUGGUUAGGUUAGCUGCUCACCAUUACAUAACUGAAAUACUGUUGAAAAACCAUGUUGAACACAAAACAAACAAACAAAUCAUCAAGCAAAAUAUUUUUUAUGAUAUCUACACAUACUUUCUCCACUUGUAGUAGGUAUGUCCUUUUUCCUUUCAUGGAAAAUUAAGUUUUUAUUGCAAUAUGUACAUGGCAAAAAGUAACCCAGAAAAGUUACACUAAUGACAUAUUCCUAGUCUAGAAUAUGAAGUGAUAUGUAUAUGAUUUAGCCUGUCUAGAGUAGAAAUUCAGUAGCUUAUAAGAAUGUUGGUGUAUUAAUUUUGUUUGUUUGUAGACGGGCACAUUUUAGUCCACUUGUAGAUAACUCUUUUCUCAAAACUAGUCACGCAUCAUGUAAGUGUAGAAUUUGGAAUAGUGUGGUUAAAUAAAAAAGCAAAAGAAAUUAUCACUUUUAAAAACUGUGUUUUCUUCACAAGAUGUCAUGGCUCUUUGACAUUAUGCAUUUGUUGUUUUUUAUGACCUGAAACAAAUUAUUUAGUCAGAGAAGUUUUUGUUUUGUUCAAAACGCUUUUACUUGAUUGCACAAAUGGACAGCUACAGCUAGAAGUAGGAAUACCUUACAAUGUAUGAACUACUAGGUGGUUGCCCAUCAAACUUCGUCAGAAAGAAGGUCAGGGUCAGGUGAGGGACAUGGGGCUGUCAUGGCCCUCUUGUUUACACUUUUCUGCAUAUUACGAAGUGCUUUUGAAAAAUACAGUGUUAAACAGUAUAAUAUGUUACAGUUUUUGUGUGCUGUGCAGUGCAACUAGAAUCAGUGUGACUGCAAAUAUUUAAGUUAUAUAUAGCUGGCAUAGAUUCUUUAAUUUUGUUAGGUUUCAUGUUGAAAUGAAUGUAUACAUGUAUGUGAAUAUGCAUGGAGUAAUAUUUCCAAGGACUACAGGCAUUGCUCAAAUAAUAUUUCAAAGAAAAUCUCAAGAUUUUUACUAGAUUUUUUAAACUGGUGAUGAACAUAGUUUGAGAAAAGUUCUCAAAUGACUUCUGAAUCUCCAUGGUUUAAGCAGCUGGAAACGAGCUGUACUGUAGUAGAUAUUAUCUUUGUUCACACUAUUCAGCUUCUACAACCAUGUUUACAGACCUGCUGUAUUGGUAUUAAAUCAUACUGAACUGUUUGUUUUAUAGUUCUGUAAACCAGUACUAUUUUUGCCUUAAAAUGAUUAUUGCUUAAAAUUCCUGAACUCAUAAAGACCUUUAGGCGAUGUUGGGUUUGUUUAACUUAGUGAAUAAAGUUUUACAGAAUCAAUGAAUUAAAUGUUAAAGUAAUCAGUGUUAAACAAACAUUAAUUAGACAAUUCAUGUACUUUUUUGUGUUCAAAUUUUACCUGUUCAAAACUUUGUAGUGAACUGACUCAUAGUGUUUACAGGAAUUCUGUAUGACGUAUAUAAUAUAAUUAUGUAAUUUUCUCAAAUUUUUAAAUAGUUGACUUUAAUAAGAGUGGUUGAAAUUUUAUACUUGUACAGGUAAGGAUAUAUGCAAGAUUUAAAGCCUAAUAUUACUGAAUUCCAUUACGUGCCCGAAGUACCAGGAUUUGAAAUAUUGAAAUAUUAGCCAUAUGUAGACAUAACAUGUUUAUAAAGCUCUUCUAAAACAUAAUUUUGAUGUUUGAAACAAUUUACAUUUAAUGGACUUAUUGGAAGAUACUAAAUGUAAUUUAUAAGACAGUUUUAAGCUGGCAUUUAUUGCAAUAAGUUUAUUUCGAUGUAAAUGAGAUGUGGAACCAAAAUUUGUAGUCCUGUUUGGCGCCAUAUAACCUAUACUGUGUUGGUGCGCCGUAAAACCCAAAUAAAUAAAUAAAUAAAUUAUUGCAAUAAGAAAUUUUAAGAUGUAGUACCUUUACACAUACUAUGUUGAAAUCUCAGUCUGUCUCUCUACUCCUCCAACUAACUAAAUACUGUAAAAUUUUAAACUUCAGGCUUUCUUAUUACCUCUUAAUUAAGAAUGGCUGUGUAUAACAAAAUAUUGAGAAAUUAGCCAUGGUCAUUUUAUGGUUUGCAGUUAUAUUGUUGUAUGUUCCUACAUUCAUGCAGUUGUUCAGAAAUCUAUUGUCAAUCCUUCAUAUUGUCUGUGUUCAAAGACAGAAUAUAUUAAUUUGUGUCAGGUCUAGGGAUAAAUGUUCUGUAAAUAACUCUGCAAUAUCAUAUGAUAAAUGGAAUAAUGUAAGCAUUUACUUAGAGUGCAAUAUAACAAAGUUUGGAAAUAUGUUGUGUCUCUUUCAGCAUUGUUUAGUCAGCAGAGAAGUUUGAAAUAAAUUGUUUACAGUCAUAAUAAUAAUGUGUUCAUGCAAGUUGCAAUUUUAUUGACAUCUGUGGUGUUCACACAAAUAGUUUGACUAUUAUGUUUCAGUGUUCACACAAAGUUACAUUUGGUGAAUGCAAGGUAUUUGCAAAAAGGAUGUAUUUCUUUCAAUGUUUUCAGAACUAAAUAAAGAUUGAGCCUUCAUUCAGUCUUACUGCUAACACAGCUGUCGUGAAUGUUACACAUUGGUGUAAGCGACCAACAUGUUUUGAGAUAUUCGUGUGAAUGAGAAUGUUUAAAAUACAACUUGUUCCAAGUUACCAGUACUAAUAUUACUGAAAUCCAGUGCAUGUUUAAUUUUCUAUACUUCUCAUGAAAAUGCAUAAGUUUUAUGGAAAGAAUUCUUAAUCUAUAUAAAUAUAUAUUUAUCUGUAUAUCUACUGUAUUUCUACUUCCUAGUAUCUCUUUAAUUGGAAUCUCUUGUUAUAUAUUGGAUGUAACUGGAAGUUUUAGACUCUUAUGUAAUUAGUCAUUGAAAUGUGAUAUUGUUGCCUGUUUUCUUUUCUUUUUUCAUUUUAUGUGUACAUGUGUUUAUGAAUUUUAUUUACAGUUAAGUGAUGGUAUCUUUUUACAGUUGACACAAUAAUAUAGCCAAUCAAUGUUUAGAUGAACAAAUAUAAUAAAAACUGAAAAGAA